AUGUCGUGUUCCCAGCUCCAGGUCUUUACAGUGGUCGUGUCCAUUUCGGUUCUGGCGUGUACGGUGAACGCAGCUCCGCAGAGAGAUGUACUGACCCAAAUCCUCAACUCAGACAUGGACCCCAAAAGCAGUGAGGAGCUCUCCCGUGUGCUCCUGGUGAAGCUCCUCUCUGACCUGGUGUCCCCGAGGGACAAUGACAUCCUCUCAGAGGUAGAGGCGCUGGGUGGACGAGACAUGAUGGUGCGUCAGUUACCCCUCUCUCAUAGAGAGCGUAAAGCCGGCUGCCGAAACUUCUUCUGGAAAACCUUCACUUCCUGUUAG